UUCCGAUUAGGAUUUUAGGGAAUAUAUCGUCAUAUCAAUCUCAUAUUAUUCAUAACAACUAUUCUACAUACUCAAGUAGUCAUGUCUUCACCAGCUUCCAUGUCCGAUCAGCCAAAGAUCAAGCUUUACUGGCUCAACCAAUCCCGCUCUCAACGGAUUCUCUGGCUUCUAGAAGAAUUGAAAGUCCCCUACGAGCUAGAAAUCAUCCAUAGACUUCCCUCUAAACAAGCACCUCCUGAAUUGAAAAAAGUGCAUGCCUUGGGAAAAUCUCCCGUCGUUACGAUUUUACCUGCGGGAGCCACAGAACCGGUGGUUUUGGCGGAGAGUGCGUUUAUUACUGAAUAUCUCCUCGAUCAUUUCGCCCACGGCAGUACCCUUCUCCCCGCCCGCUGGAAGCCUGGUCAAGAAAACACACUCGGUGGCGAAACCGAAGAAUGGACUCGUUUCCGCUACUACAUGCAUUAUGCCGAAGGUUCUCUGAUGCCUCCCCUCCUUGUCGCCCUCAUCAUGUCUAUGAUUAAUUCGCCCAACCUUCCUUUUUUUAUCCGUCCUAUUACUGGCAUGAUAACUUCAAAAGUGCACGAGUCAUACCUGGAACCAAAUUUCAGCACUCAUUUUACCUUUCUUAAUGAACAAAUCCAGAGCUCUCCCAAUGGUGGAAAAUAUCUCUGUGGUGAACAUCUUACCGGUGCAGACAUCCUCAUGUCAUUCCCUCUUGUAGCAGCUAAACAGCGCGCUGGGUUAACCAAGGACAAAUACCCUGAACUUUUUGCUUACACGGAAAGAUUAGAAAAUGAGGCGGGAUAUAAGAAAGCCGUUGAAAAGAUUGUGGAUAUCGAGGGAGAAUUCAAAGCGAUUUAAUUCCGAGAGUGCUUUAGUAACUAUCAAGACUGUACACGAACGUAUCAAACUCGAAAUGCGAAGUGGAAAAAUGAAGCAAUGUUCUUAUUUCUUGCCCUGAAUACCUUUCGCUAAAUCUUUCUCGAUCUCAGGUUUUUGUUUUUGUGUCGAUUAUAGAUAAACCUCAUUUGAGUUCCUUGAUACACUUUCAUAUCUACCAAUCUUUCAUACUGUACCCCUUGGGAAAGAUCCAAGAAC